GAACCGUUCAUACAGUACGGAAUGAAAAAACUCAUUCAUGUUUUGAAUCGAUCGUGUCUGGCUUUGACCGUUUAAUUUUCCUGAAUUUUUUCUAUUAAAAAUCAAAAAUGGCAAACAAUCUGGAAAGUUAUGUGGGAAGAACAGUGUCGGUUAUCACAGUAGAUGGUCGUCAAAUUGUCGGUACAUUGAAAGGAUUUGAUCAAACAAUUAAUAUAAUAAUGGAGGAAUGUCAUGAACGAGUAUAUAGUGUUUCAGCUGGUGUUGAACAAGUUUUUCUUGGACUUUACAUCAUUCGUGGUGAUAAUGUGGCUGUCGUUGGCGAAAUCGAUGAAGAAUUGGACAAAAAAGUAAACUAUUCAAUUAUACGAGCUGAACCAUUGAAUCCUGUUGUGCAUUGAUAAAACUUUUGAUGGAUUAAUCGAAAUUUGACAUUUAUCAAUUUUCAUAAACACAUAUAACUUUCUGAUGAAAAA